ACGGAAAACCAGAGAUCGGGAGCGCGAGAAGGAAGUAGGAUACGAGGCAUAGAUUGACGACGAAAAUGUAUCUGACCACUGGACCAGCGGGAGGUGGCGGACAAGGGGUUGCAAACGGUCAGCAAAUUGGAAAUGGACAGGCAUAUGGGGGUGCGACAGGAUACGCAGGAGGGGGUGGGAGAAUGGGAGGAGGGAAUAACGCGUGCUUCAACUGCGGAAAGCUGGGACACAUAGCGCGCGAUUGCUGGUCGAGGCAAGGGAGAAACAUGGGGGGAUCACAAGUAGAUCCGGAGCUGGAGGAGAUCAAGGAGCAGUUUAGGAUGACUCGUAAAGAAAAACUGGAACAGGAGGAGAAGAGGAAAAAGGAAGAGGAGAAGAGAAUCAGAGAAGAGGAGGAGACCAGGAGAAACUUAGACUUCGCGAGGAAAGCGGAGGAGUUUAAGCAGCAGCUGCGUGCGGAACUCUUUGAGGAAUGGAGGAAAAACCAGGCAGACGCUGUGAAAGCAACGGAGAAGAGUGGAAAAUCGGCGAAGAAGACGAGGAAGAAAAAGAAGAGGCACCUGACAGAACAUGGCGGACCAAAGAGGCGGAGAGCUCGAAGGAAAAGGAGUAGUGAUUCAAAUAUGUCGUCGGGAUCUGAAACGAGUGGAAAGAUCACACGGAACAAGGAGCGCGUGAGGCGAGGGACUGGGAACAAGAGGACCAAGGCCAAGAUGAAGAACAACAAGGACAAGGGGAAGAUCGAAGAGAUGCGCACACCAAUAAGGAUGUACGAGAAAGGGGAAAGUUCCAGGGCUCGGAAACAACCGCAGGUAAUGGAAGAGGAGAUGCGGGGGGCGAAAUCUCUUGAUGAGGAAGAGCCUAAGACACCUCUGACGGGAGGCUUUAAGGGGUUGACUGCAGGGUGUUCGCAGAAAGGCUUGAUAGAGAAUUGCAUAUCGGCACACAAGAUCUUUUCAGCAAAAAAGGCGGACGCGCUCAGGAAGAUAUGUGAACAGAGAGGAAUUAAGUACACCAAGAAGCCAGAGAUUGUGGAGAUUCUAGCUAGACACCAGGCACAACUAGCCUACAAUGGAUUCGACGACGCACAAGCUAAUGAGAAAGACACCAUGAGGACGAAGGCAUCAGGGACACCAAGGAAAGAGUUCGUGAAGGAUAUAAUUUUGGUGGAGAGACCGGCGAAGAGGCAAGAACCAACCAUUAUUCGAUCGGCUCCAGUACAGCCGACGUAGGAAUCAGACUGAAGGUUAACGGCACCAUCAAACGCUGAACUUUGGGAGGAGCUCGGUAGAUGGUUGGGUUGGAGGACAAAGCUGAGGGAACAAGGGAUUACCGGCGAAGUAGGUAGAAGGGUAGAGAGUGCCAUUACGUCGAGUAUGCUCCUUCUGGCAGUACAGGGACAGAUAUUGUGGCUAGAUAAAUACAUUAUUAGAUC